AUGGAAGGAAAGGCACAAACUGCUAUUUCUGGCCUCAUGCUCUCCCAUGAAAAUUAUGAUGUAGCUCUCUCCAUAUUGAAGGAACGAUUCGGAUAUGUGCAGUCUGUAAUUAACAAACAUUACAUGGACCUUAUAAACAUUAAGCCUGCACUUAAUAAUACUUCCAGUCUCCGUAGACUAUUUGAUGAUUUAGAAAAGCAUAUGCGCAGCCUAGAAGCAUUGGAACAGGAUGUUAACCAGGAUGUCUUUGUUUCCAUGAUCAUAACAAAGUUACCAAAAGAAGCCAGAUUACAAUUAGAAUUACAGAAAGGAAAGAAAGAAAAGUGGACUGUGCAAAAGCUGAGAAUAUUCCUUGAUAACUACAUAGCAGCCAGAGAGUCUACAUAUACAGAAAACGUAGCCGGUCAUGAAGAACAACCUGCUAGGAGCACUUCUCCACCUGGAAUGUCUGAUGUAAAUGAAAGGACAUAUACAUCUGCAGAAGCCCUAACAACAUUAUUUCAAGGAUCGCAGACAAGGAACAAAUAUGGAAGAAAACAUCAUAUUUGUAUCUUUUGUGAACAAAAUCACUGGAGUGAUGAAUGCACAGAUUUCAGGACAAUUGAUGAGAGAAAACAGAAAAUCAGAGGAAGAUGUUACAUUUGUCUUAGGCCAGGUCAUCUUAACAAAGACUGCAAAGUUGACAAACCAUGCUUCCAUUGUCAUCAGACAAAGAAACAUCAUCGAAGUCUCUGCAAUAAGAAGAUGCCGCUUUCGAGAGAUUCCUCACAUUUUACUGAAACAUCAGAAAUAUAUGAUACAGAAACGGUUCACGAUGUUCCAGAAAACAGUCUACUCUCCUCGAGUAGUAUGGUGCUAAUGCAGACUGCAAGAACUGAUGCAUCUGAUUUGAAAGGUAGGAGAGAUGAAUCUGUAAGAAUUCUGAUGGACUCUGGGUCUCAGAGGACAUAUGUUACCGAAGAAUUGGUUUCGAGAUUAAAUUUGCAGAGAAAACAAACAGAAGAAAUAUCACUUAGCACAUUUGGAGUAAAGAAGCCCAAGACAAUGAAAACACCAAAAGUCUCUUUAAGAAUUAAACUAAAUGAUGGACACUUCAUGAGAAUUGAUGCGAAUGUUGUGCCUCAAAUAACUGGGUCCAUACAAAGAAGACCGUUACCAUCUACCAUCUCUGAAAAAGUACACAACCAAUAUAAACAUUUUCAAUUUGCUGAUACCCUACCAAAAACUACAGAAAAUGCAACUGUCGAUAUCCUUAUUGGAAAUGACCAUUACCUCGAUUUGAUAUUAUCAGAAAAAAUUGAAGUUAACCAAGGACUAUACUUACUUUCAUCAAAGGUAGGAUGGAUUCUCACUGGAAGAACACAAGCUAACUUUGAGGUAUCCAGAGAUAAUUUACACCAAAUGCUGAUUGUAAAUGGAAACAAUCUAACAACGGAAUAUUGUCUUCAUUCGUCUGUCGAUGAAUGUUUGCCCUUGAAGCCAUCACUAGACGAGUACUGGAACUUGGAAACUAUUGGAAUCAAGGAUCAGCCCCAUUCAUCAGAUGAUGACAAGGCUUUAAAAAACUUUAACGACACAAUAAAACUAGUCAAUGGUAGAUAUCAAGUCACUUGGCCCUGGAAGGAUGAGCAACCUGAACUCCCAGAGAACAGAGAACUUGCUUUUGGAAGGUUGAAAUCUCUACUUCAAAAACUAAAAAAGAACCCUGAGCUGCUUCACCAAUAUGAUGGAAUAAUUCAGGACCAGUGCAAGCAAGGCAUGAUUGAAAAGGUGACAAAGAGCAGUGAAGUGAAGAAUAGUGUCAAACACUACAUACCCCAUCAUGCUGUCAUUGAUCCAACAAAGCCUACCACAAAAGUACGGAUCGUCUAUGAUGCAUCGGCAAAGGUCAAACCAGAGUGUAACAGCCUUAACGAGUGUCUUUACAGAGGACCAGUGAUGCUAAAUGAUUUGUGUGGACUGUUGUUGAGAUUUAGAAUGAAAAGGAUUGCAAUUAUUGCUGACAUAGAAAAGGCAUUUCUACAGAUUGAAUUACAAGGAAAGGACAGAGAUGUGACAAGAUUCUUUUGGUUAAAGGAUAUUGAAACUCCAUCCACAGAGAACAAUAUUCAAGUAUAUAGAUUUACGAGAGUUCCAUUUGGAGUUAUAUCAAGCCCUUUUCUAUUGGCUGCAACUUUAGAUUACCAUCUGGGAAACUACAACACUGCAACAGCUGAAAACAUAAGAAGCAAUAUUUACGUGGAUAAUGUUAUCACUGGUGUAGAGUCCGUCUCAGAGGCUAGGAAACUAUAUACAGACGCCAAAGAGAUCUUCAGUACCAUGUCAAUGAAUUUACGAGACUGGGCAUCUAACUCCACAGAAUUUAGCCAGUGUAUUCCUCAAGCUGAUCAAGCAAACAGAGAAACCAUAAAAAUUCUUGGUUUGUCUUGGAAACUUUCUGAGGACUCCCUAUUCAUAAACAGUCCAAAAGAUGAAACUCAUAUUCCACCUAUCACCAAGAGGAAAGUCCUUCAAAGAAUUGCUUCUGUUUUUGAUCCACUUGGAUUCUUCACCCCAGUUACUUUGAGAACAAAGUUGUUUCUACAAACAUUAUGGAACCAAAAGAAAGAGUGGGAUGAAGAACUGACCAAAGAAGACAUUCAGCGCUGGGAAAAUAUAUCCGCAGACUUGGAUGAUAUUCCCAAUUGCCCUAUUCCUCGUUUUAUAGGACUCGCUGGUACAGUGACAUUCAAUUUAAUGUGCUUUUGUGAUGCAUCAACUAAAGCAUAUGCCUGUGCGGUCUAUUUACACCAGAGCAACAAAGAAAGAAGUACGGUCAACCUGCUGUUUUCAAGAACUGGAUUAGUGCCACUCAAGAAAAUAACACUGCCCAGAUUGGAACUAUUGGCUGUUGUCAUUGGAGUCCGAUGCAUUAACUUUGUUGAGCAACAACUGAAGUUACCUGUCACAGAAAAGAUCCUUUGGACCGAUUCCCAAUGUGUAUUACAUUGGAUAAGAAUGAAGAAACCUCUUAAAACUUUUGUGGAAAACAGAGUAAAAGAAAUCAGAAACAACAAAGAUAUAACUUUUCAAUAUGUGUCUACAAAGGAUAACCCAGCUGAUAUUGCAAGCAGAGGAACAGCAGUUAAAACUCUUCAAGAAUUUGAACAAUGGUGGAAUGGUCCAGAAUGGUUAAUUAAAAGGAAAGACAAUUGGCCUUCAUGGAACAGUCAACAAACCUGUAAAGAAAUGCAGAGUGUUAUAGAAUCAGAAUGCAAGACUCCAAAGAUAGUUUAUGAAGCAAAACUGGUGGCUGGGGAGAGUCCUAACGGAAGAAAUAACAACUCAGAUUCUGAAUCAACUGGAUAUCCAAACAUCAUUGACUAG